GCAUCCAGCUGCUGCCGGCCACCUUUCUCAGGAAGCAGCGUGGCAUUCAGAAGAACAAAGGUUACACCGAGAAAUGCGACGAGGAGGCGUCCACUAUCACUCCAAGAGACAUAUGCUGCCGACAGAGCCUGAUAACAAAAGACGACCCACAGAGAGACAGAGAGAAAGAGAAAUUAGGAAAAAGCCUUCGGGUCACCUGGCGCCACUCCAAGAAGAUGACAUGGAUAAUGAUGAAGUAGUAUCAGUAGCAAUAGGACCCCCACCAAUGCGGCCAAAGUACGAGAAGCUCAGUUGGAAACACUCAAAGACGUCACCAACUUCUCGACCAGUUAACGACACGAACUGCUCCGUUAACCAAGGUGCUACGAAUGUUGUGAAGGAUGUUUUAUCGCAACUGGGUAGAGAGUUACUAAGUCAUGAAGUGAGCGAAGACUUCAUUUUCGGACAGUACGUCGGUAAUGCCAUGAAGAACCUCACGGGUGAUUUGAAAUUGAAAAUGCAGCAUGAAAUUUUAGAAGUUGUUGUUAGGUAUCAGAAAACUAAUCGUGGUGAACUUUUAUCAGCUCCGGUUCCAACGAGAAACGAGCCAACUUCUCUGUCGUUUUUCAGAGAUACUAAAGAAGGACGGAAAAAUGAAACCACAGAUGAAACUUGGCCUGACUUUUCAAACUUGGCCAAAAUUGUUGGAUAAAAUAAAAAUUUCAAUAGCACAACUGUGUAUAUUUCUAAAUUACAGGAGUGGCAACUAAUAUUGUUCAACAAAAUGGCACCAAAAGUUUCCGAGUACUCAAGUAGAUUUAAGGCUAUCUAUUGUACUGAACAAUCAAAAACAAUGGCUUCGUAACAGUCCCAUCUAAACACGGUACUCAAUAUAAAUAUCGCCAGUAUCCAUACAUCUUUUGC